ACUGUCACACCUUUGUGCCUACAUAAAACGGCAAACAUCACUCUAAGCUAAACAAUUGAAUUUUAUAAGAAAAAAAAUGUUUUAAAAUAAAUAAAGCUUCCAAAAUAUCCAACCCAAAAGUAUUUAAAUAAGUGCCAAAGAUGCCCGUGGGAUUCUCUAAGGCAUGCCGAACAUGCUUAACACUCGAUGGAACCUUAAUUUCAAUUUACGAUUCAAUAAGCUACGAUGGAAUGGGUCGUGUUACCGAUAUGAUUAAAGACAUUACAAAAAUCAGACCCAUGAAAUCCGAUGGCCUUCCUGAGCUAGUUUGUCAGACUUGCCUAAACGAAAUUAAUCGAUGUUAUUCCUUUAAAGUCAAAUGCCUAAAUUCGGAUAGUACUUUGAGAAAACUCUUUGCUACUGAAGAAGAGCUUGAAGCACAAACUCACCAACAGGUGGGGACUGAAGAAAGAGAAUAUAAACCUAUCAUUCAGAAUCUUGUAAGUCUAUAUGGUGCCGAUGAAGUUGAUACAGAGUAUGAACCUCCAGUGAAAAUCAAAACAGAAAAAGAUCAAGAUGACCUAUCGUAUGGAUAUUUUGUUAUCACUUCUGUUUGUAGCCAGGGUGACGAAACAAAUGGAGGUAGCGUUGAAGAACCGCUUAAAACAUUUCAGCCGCCUCAAGGAUACAUUAAAGAGGAGGUCGAUUAUGAGAUUGAUUCAUACAAUACGUCUUCAACGCGACAUUUAACGUUUGGGGAUGUUUAUACGAGUGAUCAGUCGCAGUGUUUUGAUAAUAUUUCUUUUGAAUUUACGUAUCCACAAAUCAAAAUGGAGCCUGAAGAGCCACUAGAUAUGGAUUCUCCAAUAAUGGAAUUCCCGACAACGAAACCGAGUUUUAAAUGUCUUCAUUGCAGCAAAGAAUUUUUGUACAGUUCUCGUCUUAAAAAGCAUAUGCGUUCCCAUAAUUCCAAACCUUAUUCGUGCUCAUCUUGUAGCAAAGGUUUUAAGCUAUCCGCACAACUAAGGAACCACAUCGAUGUAGCUCACCGAAACAUAAAACCUUUUAAGUGUGAAGAGUGCCCUAGAACUUUUUCUUUUCCAUCAAAACUAAAAGAACAUCUCAGAUCACAUAAAGGAGGUAGACCCUACAAAAGUUAUUAUUCUUCACCUGACAUUUUUACUGGGAAAAAAGAAAAACAAGAGCAUACGAAUGAACUUAACGAACAAAGUAUUUUUAUCGAAUGUCCAGACGAAAAGAAAUCAGAUGUUACUCGUUAUUUCGAUGAAAGUAAUAAUGAACAACCGACAAUUUGGACAAAUGAACGUUCCACAAGACGUUCGGCGCGAAUCCAUAAAGAAGAAUUAAAAACUCCUGACAAUGGGCAAAAGGAAACGCAACCUAAUAGUGGCACCAGUGAAAUAAGUGGAACCAAGAAAAUAACAAGGCAGUCUGAAAAGCUAACACAGGUAGAUUAUUCGUUUGAUAACCAAGAUUCAAACCAUGAAGAUAAAAAUAGCUCCGAAGGAUCACGGCAAUUUAAUUGUCCCCAUUGCACAAAGGUAUUUAAAUACUUAUCACGCCUUAAUGAACAUGUAGUUUGUCAUAGUGAUGCCAGACCAUUCGAUUGCGUGAAUUGUGGUAAAUUUUUCAAAACACCAGGUCAACUAACGCGUCACAUCAAAACAAGUCAUAUAUUACCGUCGCUUAGAGGUCGUAGAAACCCUUUCGCUAAAAAGCGUCGUGGCUUAAGACGAACAAAUGUUAACAAGAACAUUGUCCUUACCGAAUCAGAAAUAAAAAGUCUUGAGUCUUCCACUGAAAAUAAUGAAAACUCAUAUGAAGAACCAAUUGAGAUCAACCCUGAUCAACAAGAUGAGAAUAUGCUCCAAGGCGAAAACCAGGAUGGUACUACGACUGAAGCCGACAAAGAUGAAUCACAAAUUAUAAAUAAAGAUAAGCUCUUGAAUGAAUCCAGUAAUAGUUUAUCAGUGAUUGAAACAAAAUCGGAAAAAUCAGAUGAUCUUCAGGAGCCUAACGAAACAGAGGAAAUAAGUACUGAGACACCAAAAACUUAUCACUGUGAAAAAUGUGACGAAACAUUUAUUGUUUCUGCUCGUUUUUAUAAACAUAUGCGUGGUCAUGGCAUUGAAAGGCCAUUCAUUUGUUCCAUCUGUGGUAAAGGUUUCAAAAAUGGCGGAAAUCUUAAAAGUCACAUUGUGAUAACCCAUAAGAAACUAAAACCGUUUAAGUGCAAUGAUUGUAAACGUGCGUUUUCUUGCAAAUCAAAUCUUAAAAAACAUUUAAUAUCGCGAAUUUGGACUCAUAGCUGCACUAAGGAGAUUACUAACCGGCGAGGAGGUUCCAAAAAGAAGAUUAAAAAUAAAAAACAUUUGAAUUUUGAAGAUGAAAACAACGAAUCAAACCCAAGUGAUGACACCAUUACACAAAAACAAGAAAAAACUGCUAUUGCAGCGAAAAUUGAAUAUGAAAAUUCAAAUGAUGAUAACGGCAAACAAAAUCAGAAAUGUCCUACUGAGCAAAUAAACGUUAAAUUGAAUAGUACAGAAGUUAAUGUCCAAGAACCAGAUACUGUUGUUAUUGAGGAUAAAACUAAUUUUGGGGAAUCAGAGUCAGUUGAAAUGAGCUCGGAUCUUUUUAAACCAGAGCAAGUAAAUCAACCACAUUUGGAUACGACGCCAAAACAGGUGGAAGAAGUAAGUCCUAAAAAGAAACCGAAAAAUCGAUAUGAGUGCUCUCACUGCAAAAAAGUCUUUCAGUACGAAUCGUACCUUAAAAAACAUUUGCAAAGUCACAGCGAUGAAAGACCAUUCAUAUGUACAAUAUGUGACAAAGCUUUUAAAUAUAAAGUUAGCCUCAAGUCUCACAACAUGAUAACUCAUGCUAAAAUAAAACCCUAUAAGUGUGAUAAAUGCCCUCAAGCAUUUGUCAAUGAAUACACCUACAGAGUGCAUAGAAAUUCACACAACAAAGUAAUUAAGAGAAAAACUAAGACUAUGCGACGUCGCGCACUUACCAAACCGCAUCUUGAGCAGUCAACAAGUGCUGAUGUUGAUGUUGAUCAAAACAAUACAAAUCUCGGGCCAGAAGGUGAUUUAGCAAAGAAUGGCCUGACAUCUUGUUCAAUUUGUUCUUCGUCAGUUCAUAUCGAACAUUUAACAGAACAUAUGAAACAAAUUCAUAACAUAAUUGAAACAACAAAAGUUUCCGCUAAUCCGAAUAGUCAUUCCAAGGAAGAAGUGAAUCUAGGAUCCGUACCAAAUAAGUUUGAGUGUCCUGACUGUAAAAAAAUAUUUUUGUUUGCUUCGUACCUUAAAAAACACAUGCGAUGUCACAGCAACGAAAGGCCACACGUCUGCUCAAACUGCGGCAAGGCCUUCAAAGAUUAUUGGAGGCUUAGAUCUCACAUUAAGGAAAAACACCCUUCUCUCUCUAAAAAAAUCAUUCACAGACAAAAAAGAAGAAGAUUAAAUCUAAUUAAAUUUGAGAGCAAUUUAGAUUCAAAUGAGCCUACGCAAGUUGAUGAAACAAGUGAUAUCUCGAAUAUUCCACAAGAUCUUAUGAAUCUCAGUCUCAAUGAAGAAAACUCACUGGACAAAUCAAACCAAGAGGCCCAAGUGGCAGUUCAAACUAUAAAUUCGAAUGAGUCUGAGGUCCCAAUCGGAGAUUUAGUUAAACCUCAAUGUACUCUAUGCAACAGAGUGUUUCAGUUUGCCUCACAACUUGAAACUCACAUGAGAACACACACUGGAGAAAGGCCUUUUGCUUGUUCAACUUGCAAAAAGACCUUCACUCAAAAAGGUCAUCUUAAAAAUCAUAUCUUGAUAGACCAUAAAAAAAUAAUGCCCUUCCAAUGCAGCGUUUGUCUACGAGGAUUUGCAAGUGGUUUUAAUAUGAGAGUACAUGAAAAAACGCAUUUCAAUCAACGUCGGAAGAAAGUUAAAUCUAAUGCUAAAAAAAGUGGUAAACCGCGACAAGGAUCUGAUGAUAAGAAUUCUGCAGUCGAAACAACAACAACGCCCACCAAAAUUGAUCAAGAUGAUCUUCAAGAUCAAGUUAUUAUGAACUUUGAAAAACUCGAGCUUCACCCACUGUUUGAAUCAAUGUCUUCCUCUCCAAACCCUCUUGAUCAAAACACAGACAACAGAACCGAACAGAAUUGUUUCUUUCCUUGUACCCAAUGUAAAAAGACAUUUGUUUUUCUUUCUGAUCUUAAUGAGCAUAUCAAGACCCACAAUGCGAAUGCAAGACCAUUUAAAUGUUCCAUUUGUUGCAAAGCAUUCAGACAAGGAGCUCAUCUCAAGAUUCACACCCAAAUGAGCCAUACAAAAACAAGAAAUUUCAAGUGUGAUGAAUGUGACCGGGUAUUCCUAACUUUUUAUAUUCUCAAUAAACAUUUGCGAUCCCACAAAGGAAAGAAAAAGCGAAAUAAAGUUAAAGUGAAAGGGGGUCAUAGAAGAAAAGGUACAUUAUUACCAAAAAGUGAAUAUUCCGACCAGUUUUGUACGAACAUUGAAAGUGAUGAAGCUAAUAAUGAACUUAUAGAAACAGUUUACGACAACGGAGACAUUACUGAGAAUGUAAAUACUUCAAAGGAACAACAAAUUCCAGCAGAAGCAGAUGCUGAGAACAAAAAUAUUCGAAUAACGUGCGCACUGUGUAACGUUGCAGUUGAUUCAGAUGACUUAACAGAACAUAUGAAGGAGUGUCUUAGCAUAUCACAACCAUCCAGUAUUUUAUUGAAAACAGAACCCUUAGAAGAACCACAAAGCGUUCAGCAUCCACUCUUUAGGACACUAUCCACUAAAGACGAAGAAAUUGAUACUGGCAUUACAAAACAUUGUAUGGAAUGCGAAAAAGAAUUUUUUACUUUUGCACUCUUUGCUGAACACAUGAAGACCCACAAUGUUGAAAAGCCAUUCAUUUGUAAAACCUGCGACAAAGGUUUUAAGAAAAAUGCUCAUCUCAAGUCUCACAUAAUGAUAGUUCAUAAAAGAAUACUACCAUAUAAAUGUAUUGAUUGUUCCCGAGCCUUUUCCAGCAAGUAUAAUCUCCAAACGCACUUAAAAACUCAUAAUGCAAAAGGCAACUUAAAAAAAAGGAGAGUUGUUGUUAAAAAAAGCUAUUACAAAGAUCCAACUUAUCAUGCAAAGCCAGUUAAUAUCGCAGAUGCAAAUCAAAACCCCAAUUCAGGAGAAAGUCAACCUGAAAAUGAAUUUGAAGAGGAUACAUUUAAUUAUCAAUCAAUUCAAAAUCCAAUAGAACUACAUGAAAGACAAAUCUACUAUGGCAGAAAUGAGAAUAAGAUAAGAUGUACAUUGUGCUUUAUUACAGUAAAUACAGACAAUUUAUCAAAACACAUGCAAGAGUUCCACAAUUUACCUGAGUCUUUGACAUGCAUGGCAAUCAAAAAGGAACCUUUGGAAGAAUCAGAACAAUUAGAACAUAGAUCAUUGGAAAUUGAGACUGGUCAGUCUGAUACACCACGUCUUCUACAAUGUCCAACAUGCGAUAAAGAAUUUAUUCAUCUAUCGCGCCUAAAUGAACAUAUGCGAGCCCAUAGCGAUGAAAGACCAUUCAUCUGCUUGGCGUGUGGUAAGACAUUCAAACGGCAUGGUCAUCUUACGACCCAUAUAGCCACGUGUCACAAAAAAGCAAAACCAUUUAAAUGUAAGGAGUGCAACCAAAUUUUCUCAAGCAGCUUGGACUUGGAUGUUCAUUUACAAACACAUUUAAGCGACCAGAAUAGAACAGAACAAAAUAAAGUUAACCAAUUAGAGUCACCCCAGAAUGAUGAAUCUCUCCCUCCAUUAAACAUAGGUGCCGAUUUAAUAGUAGAACGUACAGCUGAAGAGACACACCAAUGUACCCUUUGCCCUACAGUAUUUAAAUCCAUUUCAAAUCUCAUGGAACACAUGAAGGUCCACACCAGUGAUCAACCUUUUAUUUGUUCUCUUUGCGGCAAGGGUUUCAUUAGUAAUGACGACCUCGUUACCCAUCGUUUAAAUAGGCAUAGUGAACCGAAGCCCUAUCAUUGCGACCAGUGCACACGGAAAUUUAGAACAAGCUUAGAAAUGCAAAAUCAUACAUUGGUACAUACUGGUAAUUUUCAAAGGAUUCAAAAACUAAACCAUCACCGCAAAAGACAAAAUGAAACACACAAUCUGGAUCUAAAUAAGGAACCAUUAAGCUAUUCAAAAGAUGCACCUCAUUGUCGUAUUUGUAAAAAAAAUUUUACCAACAAUUGGGUUCUAAAGGAGCACAUGAAAUGUCACAGUUCUGUAAAACCAUUCGUCUGUCCAAUUUGCAAACACGGCUUUUCCAAAAAAUAUAAUCUCAAAAUUCAUGUAAUGGCGCAUAAAAAAAUAAAGCCUUUUAAGUGCUUAUACUGUCCACAAUCGUAUUGUACAAAUUCUGGCCGGACACAUCAUAUGCGGACGCAUACUCAUGGACGAAAGAGAAUAAAUAUCGAUUCACUCAACGCUCAAACAUAAAGUCUAUGAGUUUUGCGUGAAACGAACGAUUCCGUUCGACAAAAAAAAACAACAAAUAAUGACUUAAGAACUACUGUAAAAUAAAAACUAAAACCUUGAUAUUCAAUAUUCUUCCUAGAGAUACCCUAUAAGUUAA